AUGGGUCACAUUUCCGGAAAACAAUGCCCGAUGGUGUUGUUUAUUCGGCUUCUGUUACAGCUCUCCUCAUCAGUUUCUGCUGAAUUGAGUCGUUCAAUGUCAGUCAGUUAUUCGACUCCAUUAGUUCGUGAUUUGGAAGAAUCUGGAAGUGCUCAAGUGAAUGUAACUCUGCAAUUCCCGAGAGACGACUUCGAGACGGACAAUAUUGAGAAAUAUUUGUUCAAUGUCGAUUCAUUCCACCCGGAAAUCGCGACGGCCACCGAUUACACGUCGAAACUGAAACGAGAGCAAUUCCAACUAUCGGCGAAUAAUCAAUUCUACGAGACGGAGACAAUAAUCACAGUGAACGGGAAUUUGUUGGGGAAAACUGCGAUGAAAAUGAGAUUAGUAUCGAUUGAUGAGAAGACAUGGAACGGCAAGAGAUGGAAUGAGACAAGUGACAUUCAGAUGGAUCCACGACUGAAAUCAGAAGAGAUGGACUCAGUGCUCGACGUCUGGGUUGUCAGAUCGAAAUCAUCGAGACGUUGGACAUUCAUUUUUGUGGUUUCCGUUGUGAUUCUCAUCUCGAUUUGUAAUGUGAUGAUGGGUUGUGAGCUCGACAUUGACUCUGUCAUCGCGACACUCAAAAAACCAGUUGCCCCAGCUAUCGGUCUCUUCGCUCAAUUCAUAAUAAUGCCUUUGCUCUCGUAUCUCAUCGCUUAUGCCAUCUUCAUGCCACGUGGAUUAUACUCAAUGGCUCUCGGACUCUUCGUCACUGGAUGCUCUCCAGGAGGCGGAGCUUCCAACUUCUGGACACUUCUCCUCGAUGGAAAUCUCAAUUUGUCAGUGACAAUGACAUUCAUCUCAACGAUUUGCUCGUUGGUUAUGAUGCCAGCGUGGUUGUACUUCUUGGGACACCCGUUCCUUCAGGGUUUCAAUUCGAAUGCUGUUAUUAAGGUGCCAUACGGAAAGAUCGCAAGUCAACUCGUCACCCUCAUCAUCCCACUUCUCAUCGGAAUUGCCAUCAAAAAGUGGAAACCCGAGUGGGCAGCGAGAGCACGUCUUCUGAUGCGUCCAUUCGUCAUCUUCGUCAUGAUUUUCGUCGUCGCAUUCGGCUCGAUCACGAAUCUCUACAUGUUCCGAAUGCUCACCGGACCCGCUUUGAUCGGUGGUCUGGCACUUCCGUGGUGUGGAUUCAUGUUCGGUUGUUUCACGGCACUCCUCACAAAACGGAAGCCAGAAGACGUGACGGCGAUCGCUGUGGAGACGGGAAUUCAGAAUACGGGAAUUGCGAUUUUGCUUCUGAAGGCGUCGUUCGAUCAGCCGGAUGCAGAUAUUGGGGCGUUGAUACCGGUGAUUGUCGCCGCGUUUACACCGGGACCGCUUUUGUUGGGUGCCGCCGUGCAUUUGACAUUCAAAGCGUUGAGGAAUAGAAGGCAGAAGUCCACAUCCGACUCUGAUUCGAUCGAAAAGCAAUCAGUCGAGCUGAUCGACGCCUCGAAGCUCUCGGAAUCCCAGAAGUUGAAUAUCGCCUCGAAUUCGACGACAAUUCUUCCGAAUGAUCAAUACGAGAGUCUUCUGGAUCGAACACCCGAACUCCCGGCGGCAGCUGUCAUCGUUCAACAAUAA